CGGGUAUUGUGGCACAUUCUAAAGUUUCUAUACCGAUUAAGCAGGCACAAAUGCGGUUCGUUCGCCAGUGCUCAGCGCAGUCGUAAUCGCUAAAACAAGAACCGAAAAAUAUAUCACGGUCAACGUAAUUUUUAAAUUUCAUUGAUCGAUCCGAUAGACGCUUGGUCGAUGUAAUACUAAUAUCAUUUGGUCACACGAGAUUUUACAAUAUGGAUAACGCUGUGAUUGUCACCGUGUUGACGGCAGUGAUAUGGGCUGGCUGUGCAUCGGGACAGACCAUCUUUGAUUUGCUGAAACCGCAGCCCAAUGGGGCGCAGGUCAUGGCGCUGCUAAAAAGCGGCGCUAUGGCCAAUGCGCCCAAACUGAUCGCCAUUCCCGACAACGCCACCUAUGAUUGCCGGGCGGAACAACAAGCGGGAUAUUAUGCGGAUGAGAAUUACGAGUGUCAGGUGUUUUACCGGUGUGAACGCGAUGGGAAGACCAGUAAAUUUCUGUGUGCGUCACCGACGGUGUUCAAUCAGAUCACGCUGGUGUGUGAUUACUGGUACAACGUGGACUGCCAAAAGUGGGUGGCGCUGCGAAAUUUUGCCAAUUCGCGGCUAUAUCUUGAUACCAGCGAGCAGCUGUUUGAAAAUGCUCCUGAAGACUACGAGUUGCCAAAUUUUGGCAACCCGGCGUUUCCUAAUUUGCCCUAUGUCAAUCGGACAAGUCAGCCGUGGAAGAUAAAGAAGGUUGUUACUGCGCCGCCCCAUCGCAAUUCCAGAACACCUUAUGUUUUCGGUUUCACCAAAGUUCCACCUAAGCCGGCCGUUUACACAAAGGCACCAACUGAACCGGUGACAACAACUCGGUUGCCGACCACUACAUCGUACUACGAGCCGUCUGAUACAACAGAACCAACCCAUACUUACGAAGCCGAUACCACAGAAGCGCCGAAAGGAGUCACGAGCGGUGGAGAUGUGGAAGAGUCAACCCUACUUUGCACAACGUGCACAAGUGGACCACUUCUUGUGGAAUCCUCCACCGCUUCCGGUAACGGAAAAGCUGCAACAACAGCAUCCUCUCAUGUGUCCACGGAAUUACUCCCUAACGAAGUAACAGACGUUGCCACUGUGCCAACACCAACUAAAACGCCGGUAACUAAGCUAAAAGGCACCAAAGCGCCACGACCACCACGACCGGCCAAAGGCUUAAAUAUAUCUUUAGGCGCAGGAGAUGUGGUGACCUGUAUCUACAGUUCCUGGGCAGCUACUCGCCGACCAAUUGGAAGGAUGGCCGGUAAUGAUAUUCCCGUGGAUGACUGCACUCAUAUUGUCUACACUUACACCAGUAUUUAUGAAAACAAAAUUUUUACACUACAGCCGGCGCUGGAUGAUAAAGAGAACGAAGGAAUGGGCAAUAUUGCCAAAUUUGCUGGACUGAAGGAGAAAAAUCCCAACUUGAAGGCUCUUAUUGGGGUUGGUGGAUGGAAUUCUGGAGGAUGGAUUUUUAGCACAACGUUCUCAUCCCCGGAAGGUCGCAGGGUAUUUAUUCAGAGUGUUAUCGAAUUCUGCCAUAACAACGAUCUAGAUGGAAUUUGGAUUGAUUGGCUGACACCCGGUGUCGAAGUCAGAGGAGGUGCGACUGGAGAUUAUGAAAAUUUUGCCUUGUUGCUUACGGAAAUGCGCGACACGUUUGAUGCGGUACCCAGCGGUGAGGCAAAACUUUUCAUCGGCGUGACCGUGGCAGCCAUGCCCGGAUAUCUUCACAAUUACAACGCCGAAGUGCUUGAUAAGACCGCCGAUCUCGUAUAUCUCAUAGCUUAUGAUCUCGCCGGAUACUGGAACGGCACAAUCAUGCACCCCUCACCGCUUUUCAAUGAGGAAGAAAAAGCUAGUGCGGAUAACGGUGUUCAAAUGUGGAUCGAUGCCGGCAUCGCUCCCGCAAAACUCGUUCUCGGCAUUCCCACCUUUGCUCGUACAUACAAGAUGCCACCCAAUGUCCAGCCGAAUCAAGGCUACGCAGGUAAUUUCAGCGGCGACGGUAUCCGGGGAGCGGUCAGUCAAGCGCCCGGCUUCCUGUAUUAUGCCGAAGUGUGUUCGCGGCUGCAAGCUGGCGGUUACACCAUUGUCCGCGAUCCCUUCAUGAAAGUUCCCUAUGCGUACAGCGCCGACCAAAUCAUUAUGUACGAGGACGAAAUCAGCGUGCGGGGAAAGGUCGACUAUGCUAAAAAAUCCGGACUCGCCGGCGUUUAUAUGUUCACUAUCGACGAGGACGACCCGAAAGGCUUCUGCGGUGAACCGUUCCCGCUGACCCGUGCUGCCGCUUCCGCUGCCGGUUUGGAUAAAUCCACCGUCAUCACCCCGGCAAAGCCUAAGACCGCCCAACGCUGCGUCUCCUCGGAGAAAUCCUGCAAAGACCAGGCCGCCUGCAUCGUUUUCCCCUCCAUGACCUUUGCCAACGAGAGCUCCGAUCUGUGGUGCGGCGCCGGCGUCGUCUGCCAGGAUCCUAUCAGUAUCGUCGAGUGCCCAAUCAGUGAUAAAAUUAUGACCGCUACCAAAGAUCCCUUUAUUUCCAAAUCACCCAUCUACAUCGGCAAAGCGUCCAAAUCCGCCACGGCGGUCAAAUGCCGGCCCAAUCUCCCGGUGACCACGGCGGGAGAAAAUGUCUCGUAUCUUUGCGUACAAGACGGUAUGCUGGGAAAAAGUGUACAGGAAUACACUUGUCCCGAUAAUACCAAAUUUACUGCGUUAUAUCUCAAGUGUGUUGUUAGCGGGAAUGUGGCUAUGCCUGAGCAAUCGUAAAUCAGUUUGUUAAUUUAAGUUUUUAAUUUAAACUGUCUUUCUACAACGGAACAGCGCAGCGCGUGGGUUCAACUGAAAAAAAAAACAACUAUUUACAUCUGCCGGUGUUGUGAUCUCCUAGUUCGUAAAACCUGCAAAGACUUCCAAU